GUCCGCGCCAUAAAUAUGGAAUCAAUGACAUCAAAUUCGUCGUUGAAGUGGCGCUCCAGGCCACAAACACCGCAGCUAUUCGACUCUUAACCAUCAUGAGUUCAUUUGGAAGAAUCAAACGUCGAACCCUUUACUGGGCAAGGAGGCUGGAAUGUCCAGUUGACGAAAACGCCAAUUACCGGAACACAUCAUGGCGCAAUCGAGAUUUGAUCCCUGUUUCGGAAGAUCGCAGGAGUUGGACCUGGCAAGGCUUCGCUGGAUACUGGGUUGUAUGCGGAAUCAACACCACAGCGUGGACGGCUAGCGCCUCUCUGCUAUCCCCCGGUCUAAGUGUGCCUCAAGCAAUAGCUGCGUUGGAGUUGCUAUAAUCACAGCCCUACUCGCUAUUCUCGCCGGCUGGCCAGGUUCUCACACAUACCAAGGCUUUACGGUCUUGUGUCGGGCAUGCGCGGUGGUUUCUGGCCGGUACUCAACCGUAUUGUGACGGGGUGUAUCUGGAUGGGGAUAAAGCUUAUUGGGGGGGGCAAGGUCUCCGUGAAGAUCAUCCUCCGAUCCCCCACCGGAGCGUGUUUUGUUAACCUCCGGAACACGCUGCCGGCAUCUUCCAACACUGAUACCGCAAGUAUCAUAUCCUUCGUCUUCAUCAUAAUUUCCCUCCCCCUUCCCAUGAUCCCGCCCGAGAAGCUUCAGCUGCCCUUCCGCAUCACCUUCGUUAUGAUCACGGCAACUAUGUUCGGCAUGCUCGGCUGGGCGGUCCACGCAGCCGGCGGUCCUGGCGCCCUUAUGCACAGUCCAACAACCACAUCCGGUUCGGCAUUUAGCUGGGGCGCUGUUUUUGGCCUCCAGUCCCUCGUUGGCUCGCAGGCGGCUGCGUGUCUGGGCCAGCCCGACUGGACGCGGUACCAUUCAUACGCGCGGACACCUAACGCGGCCUUAUUCGGGCAAUUAUUCACCGCUCCCCUCUUCGUUAUUGUCACCUCCGUCUGCGGGAUUUUGAUCACCAGCGCCGCGGCGACUAUGUACGGGGAGUACAUAUGGAAUCCGUUCGAGCUUCUCCUCCGAGUCCAGGAGCACUCCCUUUCCCCGGCUGCUCGAGCCGGUACUUUCUUCGCCGGCUUGGGAUUCCUGACGGAUCAGCUGGCGCUGUGUCCUAAGUGAAUUAACAUCCGUCGGGGUUGCUAUAUACUGACUGUCGGUGCUAUUGCUAUCUGCCCUUCGAACUACGUUAAAACCCUGGCACGUUUAUCACGGUCCUGAGCGGCUGGAGCGUGUUUUUGAGCCCCAUGACGGCGAUUAUCGUUAGUGACUACUUCCUGUUGCGGAGGGGCGAGUAUCAUAUUGGGGAUCUGUAUCUGGGUGAUGCGAGAAGUGCGUAUUGGUACACGGCAGGAUUCAGUUUUAGGGGGCUCGUAACGUGGAUUCUGGGAAUG